AGUGAUAUGAAGAAACUAAGAAAACGUGUAUCUGAGACCAUCAAACAAGGCAAUAAUCUAAUGUUGAUUAAUUCUAACACUGCUGUUAAAGAAGAAUCCUUCAUCACUGUCUGUGACUUACUUGUCACAUUCAGUAAACAGCUGGGUAAAAAUGCUGCAGUCUUAUCCUCGCUUAUUUAUACCCCAGACAGAGAUCUACAGGACAAUGUCACAUCAUUUAUCACAGAAAAUAUUUUUGUGGAAGAAGAUGAUGCACAUCACGAUGAUGAAGAAGAUGAUUCAGCAAAGAUUGAGAUGCUACAUAAACGUCGUAAUCUUCUAGCAUGCUUUUGUAAAUUAAUUGUAUUCAAUAUAAUCGAGAUGAAGGCAGCGGCUUCUGUCUUCAAGCACUACAUGAAGUAUUAUAAUGAUUAUGGAGACAUAAUAAAAAUGACUCUAGCUAAAUCAAGGGAGAUCAAUAAAGUAGAUUGUGCCAGAACUCUUGGACUUAGUCUUACGCAGGUUCACCAGUUUUCUAACUGUUCAAUCUGA